AUGCUCGAGAAAUUACGCGAGCUUGACCCUGUGAUGGCGGAACGUUGGCAUCCUAACGAGUCCAGAAAGAUCAGGCGUUCUCUACAAAUCUGUCUGCAAACGGGAAGACCGGUAUCGGAGAUAUAUAAGGAACAAAAGAUGCAACUCAGGAAGACUUUAGAAGCGAAUACUGGACAAGCUGGGACCGGUGAUAUUGUCGAGCCUAGUCAUUUGAGAUUCCCAACUCUUCUUUUCUGGGUUUAUAGUGACAAAAGCGUUCUUCGUCAAAGGUUAGAUAACCGCGUGAAUGGUAUGAUCGACCAAGGUCUUCUGAGCGAGGCGCAACAAAUGUUCAAUUACCUUCAAGAGAAAGAGGCAAAAAACAUCCACGUUGACAGGACAAGAGGCGUUUGGGUUUCUAUUGGAUUUAAAGAAUUGGAUCCCUAUAUCACCGCUCUUUCUUCUGGCCAAACCUCACCUGAGAAUCUCCAGAAGCUGAAAAUGGAAUGCGUUGAAUCAGUAAAGACUGCCACUAAGCAAUAUUCGAAUAGUCAACUGAAAUGGAUCCGAGGGAAACUAUGGAAUUUGCUUGACUUGGUUGGCGCUUCCGAUCAUCUCUAUGUCCUUGAUUCCACUGAUGUGGGUGAUUGGGACAAUGCAGUCCGGUUACCUGGAGAAAGAGUCACAGAGGCUUUCCUUUCUGGCAAGCCUCGACCGCACCCGAGCGAGGUAUCGAAGAUUGCGAAGGAGCUGUUUAAACUCAAGCAACAGAGGAACCAAUCGCCGAGCGAGGAUCUAGAGAUCCGCAAAUCCUGCGAUGUCUGUAAUUUACCAGGUAUGACUGAGGAACAGUGGCAUAUCCAUAUAAAAGGAAAAAGGCAUAAGAAUGCAGUGAAGGGUGCUGAAAAGAGAGCACAGCGGGAAAGGUAUUUGGCGCGGCAGCGUGAAUGCGCAGAAGGUGAGGGUUUGGGCGCACAGAACGCGAGAGCAGAGAUGCCAAAUCGACUGAACCCCAGCGGCCAGGUCGAGAUCAGGAUUACAGAGCAUGAAUUGACAAUCCAUACGGAGGUUUCAUGA